CAUAUAGACUGAAUCUGGCACGCGCCGUCCACACUCCUCUUCCUUUUCCUCUCUCUCUCUCUCGCGCACACCGUCAAUCAAAACCAUACGCACACCUUCAAUCAAAACCAUCCUAAAGGUUCUACUUUAUUUGUUGCUGCAUAUCAACAGAUAGAUGAAGCUGCAUGUGCUUUCAAUUUGCAUGGAUCAGGCGUUGUUUUCAAAUUAUGUCAGCCAAACAACUAACUCCUCAGAUUUGACUUCCUCCAACCUACGUGGAAAAUUUACACUUGUGCCAUGUAGACCUCGUGUGAAAAGGACAGUUUUUAGGGAUCAAACCUUUCAAUUCUCAUUAAGACAGAAAGGGAACCCAGUCCCAAGGACUAUUGUCUUUGCUAUUCCGAAGGGAAAUGAUGAAGUUGAAAGAGGAGGUUCACAUGUUUGCGCUGAUGAUUUGAUGCUUUAUGCUUUGGAAAAUGAUGAGAUUUCUAAGGUUCCAGAUAAAGGUGGUGUUGCAUUCGUAGCAAGCUCAGGAGCAGACGUCUCUGGAAGCGCAGAGAUCCUAGGAAACCAUGAAAACCUUCUUGAUAAGCUGAAGGCUGUUCAGUUACAGGUAUUAGCAAUGGAACAAUGGAAUUCUACCCAAGUUAAAUUGUGUAACAGAAAUUAUUUGGUGAGUGCAUCAAACCUAAUACAUUAUCUGGCACUACAAAGUCUUGAUGUUGAGCAGCUCAAAGAUGAUCUUUCUUCCAUUGGUCUAUUGAAUUUGGAGACCAUCAAUCCACACGUCCUUGCAAGUCUCUCUGCUGGCGUACAGUUGUUGGAGAACAUGAAAUCAAGCUCUCUAAACAGCAGAGGGAGUGUUGGUGAUGAAAUUUCCUCUCCAAAAAGUUUGGACAAACAAACAAAAGGAGAGUACACUAUAAAUAGAAUGAGAAACAAGUCGUCCUCUAAUAAGAAAUUACUGCUGGGCACCCUUCAAGAUGAUAGAACGACUCAUAUCAUGGUUACAGUCGGUCAAGAAGCUGCAGAAAGUGAAACACUUAUAACUGAUCUUCUCAAGUUGGGAACCACCAUUAUUCGUAUAAACUGCGCACAUGGAAACCCAAGUGUGUGGAGUGAGAUUAUCAGAAGGGUGAAAAGAAGCUCCCAGAUGCUGGAGAAACCAUGUCGAAUUCUCAUGGAUUUGGCUGGACCAAAGCUCCGAACAGGUAACCUGAAGGCUGGUCCAUGUGUAAUGAAAAUAUCUCCUAAAAAGAGUGCCAGCGGAAAUGUGAUCUUCCCUGCCCAAGUUUGGUUAUCACCUAAAGGAGCAGGUCCCCCACCUGCUCAUUUAUCUCCUGAUGGUGUACUUUAUAUAGAUGGCCAAGAGUUUCUCAGUAAACUUGAGUUAGGUGAUGCUGUUAGAUUCCACGAUGCUAGAGGAAAGCAAAGGACACUAAAAAUUUCUAAGAAGUUCCCUGUUUUUUCCGGUGUAGGGUACAUGGCCGAGUGUAACAGGAAUGCUUAUGUUCAAUCAGGAACAGAGUUGUAUAUUAAGGGAAAGAAAGGAAGAUUCUCAGUUGCAGUUGUAUCAGAUGUCCCUGCUGUAGAGCAAUUUGUCAGAGUGAGAGUUGGAGACUUGCUAAUCAUAUCGCGAGAUAGCUCAGAUGAACAUGAUGAAUCCAGUGAAUCCACAACAGGUGCUCAUAGGGUAACUUGUCCAUCUGGAUAUCUUUUUGAUUCAGUCAAACCUGGAGAGACCAUUUCUUUUGAUGAUGGGAAGAUUUGGGGAGUAAUUCAAGGAACUAGUAUUUCGGAGAUCGUUGUUUCAAUCACUCAUGCAAGUCCGAGAGGUACCAAACUCGGCUCUGAGAAAUCCAUUAACAUCCCAGAGAGUAAUAUUCGGUUUGAAGGCCUUACUUCAAAGGAUCUCAUGGAUCUUGAUUUUGUUGCUACUCAUGCUGACAUGGUGGGCUUCUCAUUUGUCCGAGAUAUUUGUGAUAUUGUUGUUCUCCGCCAAGAACUUGAAAAGCGGAAGCUUCGAAACUUGGGAAUUGUUUUGAAGAUUGAGACAAAGGGUGGUUUUGAGAAAUUGCCUGUCAUGGUACUGGAGGCAAUGAAGUCCCCCAACCCUUUGGGGGUCAUGAUCGCAAGAGGUGAUCUUGCAGUAGAGUGUGGAUGGGAAAGGCUGGCAGAUAUACAGGAAGAAAUUCUGUCUAUCUGUUGUGCUGCCCAUAUACCAGUCAUUUGGGCAACUCAGGUGCUAGAGUCGCUCGUUAAGUCUGGUGUCCCUACUAGAGCUGAGAUCACUGAUGUAGCUAAUGGAAGGAGGGCAAGUUGCGUCAUGUUGAACAAAGGCAAACAUAUCCUGGAAGGUGUUUCAACUUUGGAUGCCAUUUUGCACAGCAGGUCUGCAAAGGUGAAAGCAGAACUGAAGCCUCUUCUAUUAUCAAAGAAAUCAUUUUAGUUUAAUAUCAUUUGACAAGAUCGCCUACUUGGGGUGUCUCAGGUGUUGUAAAUAUUCUUUGCUUGAGUUUGGCAUUCUUAUUAAUCAUAAUUUUGCUCGUUUGGUUGAGCUUGCUUAUC